UUUCAAAGCAUCGUUGAACGGGCUUCAAUAACUUUUAAAUUUGCCAUGUUUACCUAUAAAGUAGCAUUAAUAAGUGAGCGAGACCAGGAUGUGACAGAUUAGCUCUCUCUUCCUUUUAGAAAGAGAAGAUGGAAACAGCAUUGGUUUUCUUUCCUCAGUUAAGUAUGUGUGAAUCAAAAGAAAAACCUUUUUUUGAGUUAAUGCAUGGUCCAGGAAAAGAAGAAAGAAACAGAGAAGCUAAAAUCAGAGGGAAGGAAAAACGAAAUAGGUUAAGUCUUCUCCUGCUGAAACAUGAGCUUCAAGAAGAGACCCUUCCCAGUACAUCUGGGCACUUGGCCAAAGACAUAAGAGUCUCCCCUGAAGAGGCAGUGAAAUGGGGUGAAUCAUUUGACAAACUGCUUUCCCAUAAAGGUGGGCUUGAAGCAUUUACCAGAUUCCUUAAAACGGAAUUCAGUGAGGAAAACAUUGAAUUUUGGAUGGCAUGUGAAGAUUUCAAGAAAAGCAAGGAACCUCAACAAAUUAUCCUUAAAGCAAAAGCAAUAUAUGAGAAAUUUAUUCAGAAUGAUGCUCCACAAGAGGUUAAUCUUGAUUUCCACACCAAAGAGAUCAUUACAAAAAGCAUCACGCAACCCACCUUCUACACGUUUGAUGCUGCACAAAGCAGAGUGUAUCAGCUUAUGGAACAAGACAGCUACACACGUUUUCUGAAAUCUGACAUCUACUUAGACUUGACAGAAGGAAGACCUCAGAGGCCAACAAAUCUUAGAAGACGAUCACGCUCAUUUACCUACAAUGAAUUCCAAGAUGUAAAGUCAAAUGUUGCCGUUUGGUUUUGAAAAAAAAAUCCCAUAUUUCUCUCACUUUGAUAGCAAAUUCUUAAAUCAGCCUCUAGGUAUAGAAUACUUAUGUUAACAAAUGGGUACUUCCUUUUAAAAAUUACAUGUAAAAGCACUUUAAAAUUAUAAGCAAAGAGUAUACUAGCAAUAAUAAAGUACCAGUGGCUAUAUUCCGUAUCUUUCCAUUUGAAGGAAGGGAAACAGAACCAGAAAAACUUAGAACCUUAACUAAAAGGCAGUCAGAAAUAACUUUUCUAAG